AUGCUCAUUCGAUGGGAGGUAAUUUACCUAUAAUAAAUUUUUUUAUUGUGCAAUCACAGACGAAUCGAGAGGGUACCAUAAUGUGUUCACAAAGGUACCUCUCAAAAUGGACCGUGAAGGCCCCAUAAUGUGUCUAUCGUGAGACUUCCAGCAUACCUUUUAGCUAUAUCUGAGCCAUCUCGGAGGUACUUGACAUUCAAAAACUGAACAGACUAUAAAAAAUCCACACGAGCAUGGAUUCAAUAGAACAAGGUAUGUUAUUUUUCUAUUUUCCUUUUCAAAUUUGAUUGGAGCAUGAAAAAAAAAAACUUUAUGCAUGUUUUUAUGAAACGGGCAGGACUGAAAAAGACAUUUCCAGGUCUACGAAGACGUCGGGAUGGAGAUGCUUCAACACGCUUUCGAGGGCUACAACGUGUGCAUUUUCGCAUACGGGCAGACGGGCAGCGGCAAAUCUUACACCAUGAUGGGCAAAUCCAACGAUCCAGUAGAGAUGGGUAUUAUUCCUCGCCUGUGCAACGACCUCUUCUCUCGGAUUGACAAUAAACAAGAUGUACAAUGUUCCAUAGAGGUGGUCCCUCACUUUUUCCGUUAGAGACGUUUUGUUUCAUCUCAGGUUUCGUACAUGGAAAUUUACUGCGAGCGAGUCAAAGACCUUUUGAAUCCUAACAGCACUGGCAACUUGCGCGUUCGAGAACACCCGCUUCUUGGUCCGUACGUCGACGACCUCACGAAAAUGGCCGUGUGCUCGUACAACGACAUUUGCAAUCUCAUGGACGAAGGAAACAAGGCCAGGUAGCGAUUGCAACAAGCAUGUGAAAUUGAAAGCCUGCCGUUUUGUUCAGAACAGUGGCGGCGACCAACAUGAACUCGACUUCUUCGCGGUCCCACGCCGUCUUCACUAUAGUUUUGACGCAAAAAAAGCACUGUCUCGAGACGAAUUUGGACACGGAAAAGGUUUUUUAAUUUUCACUAGCUCUUCUCGGAAAUCUAGAAAAUCUGACGGCAAGAAAAAAAACGUUUAGGAAUCAACUUUCUCUAUCAGUGAUCAAAUUUUGGACCGUCUCUUGGAGAAAUCAACAUUUUUUUCAACUAAUAUCAAACAACCAUUCCUGAACCAUUCUUGCGAGCAGUCCAUCAUUAAUGUCGGAUAUGCACACAAAUUGAAAAUUUAGGUGUCCAAAAUCUCACUGGUCGAUCUUGCGGGCAGCGAAAGAGCCAACUCGACCGGGGCCGAGGGCCAGAGGUUGAAAGAGGGUGCCAACAUCAACAAGAGUUUGACCACUCUUGGGCUCGUCAUCAGCAAACUCGCCGAAGAGGUUUUUCCAAAGAUUUUCUUUUUUCUCGUUUCUUCCAAUCAAGUUUCGAAAAGUUUCUCGCUUCAGCGGCUAGAAAAUGAGCUGAAAACAAUCGCAUUAGAAAAUCCAUGUGCGUCAUUGGGAAUUUGUCUGCGAUUCCACAAAACGACAGUUUCUCACAGGGAAGGUGUGUUGAACAUUGCAAAUCGGGUCCAAAUCUCUGUGGUAGAUAUUUCUAGGUAUGAGUACUCGAAAAUAAAAAGAAAUGUUUGCUAAGCGCCGUAGGGUAUUGAGAAACAGUUCGUCGAAAACGUACAGGAAAAAGCUCAAAAACUAGUUUUCUCCGGUUUUUCGAUUUCUAAAACGUUUACUGUUAUUCACUGUAUCAUAAGAACGACGAGAAAGAAACUUUUCUCAAGUUCUUCUUGUUUUCAAAUACUCAUAUCCGGGAAUAACUACCAUAGAACUUUGAAAAAUAACUGCGAUGCUCAUCUUUCACACUUUCCUGGUCAGACACACUCGUUAUUCGCUCAUCAAACAUUUCAUUCGAAAAAUGAAACGACGUCAAGUUUUUGUUUUUGCAGGCCGGUAAAAAAGGCCGAAAAGGAAAAUCUGUGAUUCCGUAUCGCGACUCUGUGUUGACCUGGCUGCUGAAAGAAAAUCUCGGAGGAAACUCCAAGACUGCCAUGUUGGCUGCACUUUCUCCUGCCGACAUCAACUUUGACGAAACUCUGAGCACAUUGAGGUUUACGCAUUUCCAAUCAAGUCUACCAUUUUUCAAACAAGAUGCUUUUUACAUGAAAUUCAUACUCUGAUUAAGCUCAGCCAAAAACAUGAUCAUUCACAAGAGUAAUGCCGUGUUCAAAGUGAUUCUGCAAAAUGCAAAAUAGCCAUCAGAGAAAGAAAAUAUUGCUAAAUUCUAGAGAUUCAGAGACCAUUUUGCAUUUCGCGGCAAUUACUUGAACACGGCAUAAGUUUCACUUUCAACAAAAAGGCAAUUUCCUUUUUUCUAGAAUAAACGAAAAUUGGACUCGUUAGAUCAUGGCAGAGUUUUGCUCUACCUCUGACUACAGAUCAAUUUUUGUUAUUUUCCGUCGUAAUUCCACUUUUAUUCCAAGGCGUUUGUUCCUGAUGCUAAACCCGAAACGAAAGCUAAAAUAGUAGCAACGGAGAAAAAAAGGGGUUCUUAAAGAUGAUACUUUUUUGGUUUUUUGGAAAGAGAAAUCGUUUCUAGGUAUGCCGACCGCGCCAAACAGAUCGUUUGCCAAGCCGUGGUCAACGAAGAUCCCAAUGCCAAGCUCAUCCGCGAGCUUAAACAAGAGGUGUAGUUUUCCACUUGAAAGGAAAAAACACAUUUUUCUGCAGGUGUUCAAGCUCAAGCACAUACUUGAGGAAAAGGGAAUUGAUCUGGAUGAAUGCGAACAGAGUGCUCAUGAGAACAAACGAGUACCGCGUUUCUCGGCCAAAGAUCACGACACGAUUGAACAGCUCAAGGUGUGACUCGCAUCUAGUCAAUCUCUUUGAAACGCAACUUUUUCGAGGCUUCCGAGAAACUCAUUGCCGAGCUCGACAAGACGUGGGAGCAGAAGCUUCGCAACACGGAAGAAAUACGGAGACAGCGAGAGGAGGAGCUCCGGGAAAUGGGUCUUGCCACGUUGGAAGAUGGCACGACACUCGGUGUAUUUAGUCCCAAAAAGGUAUAUGUUGCCAGCACGUUUAAUGGCUCGGCACGUACUCUGAAGCUCUUCUUCACAUCAUAGAUGGGCAAGAACAGAACUCAUUUAGGCCGGGAGAAAGGGUUGUCUUGCAAAAAAGAAGAAGGGGUCAGAUAUAAUAGUUUCUACCUCAGGAAGGUAGUUUUGGCCUUAAAAAUAAAAGUUAUAGCCUCAGGGAGCUUGAGUUUAGGAUAAAUUGAGAGGAGCGCUCGGCGGCCUUCGAAAAUGGUCUGCCUAUGUCUGCUUCUCACACAAAACUACCCCUUCCAAAAUAACUAAAAUGGUUAAAGCAAGUUUUCAAAUUGCAGAACCAAGUCAAAAAUUUAUUUCCUGUUCUCGUCGGCACCUUUUUCUUUGCAGUUACCUCAUCUCGUCAACCUGAACGAAGACCCCCUGAUGUCCGAAUGUCUGCUCUAUUACUUGAAAGAAGGCAUCACCAGGUUUGCAUUCUUUUUUCCCGUUCGCGUCUUUCGCCGCAUCUUCUCAAUUGAUGGAAACCCGAAAAAAAAAUGGCAGCCAGUCUUUUUUUUUAAGUCGAAAGUUUGAGAGAGACACAAAAACUCAACUCUUGGUAAAUAGACGUCCAACUUGCAGGGUAGGAAGACCAGAAGCGGAGAACAGACCCGACGUCUUGCUUUCGGGCCAAGCCAUUCUCGACCAGCACUGUGAGUUUGUGAACGAAGAUGGCAGCGUCUCCCUGGUGCCCAUGACUGGAGCCCAGUGCUACGUCAACGGCAAGCCGAUCACCGCGCCGACGGUCAUGCACACCGGAUCCCGAGUUAUCCUCGGCAAGUACCACGUCUUCCGGUACAACGACCCCCAGGAGGCACGUCAGAGCCGUCACAAUCUCUCCUCGCUCGCCGGUACCUCUUUUUUCCUUCUUUUUUAAAUGAAAGACAUCCGACACCUUUCAAUUAUAAUCUGCCCAUGUAUGAGUGAAAAAUUAUUUUCCGCAAUUUUCCUGAAACUUGAAAAAAAUGACUUCAAUUGAUCUUUUACAUGAAAUUUUUUAUAUCUCAUUCUUGUCUUCUCAAAAAACCUUGAAGCAUCUGAUAAAGUCGAAGUGAAUAAAUUCCUGGCGAAUUUCAGGCCUUUUUCUUUUCAGAAAAAUGGCGGAAAAUCCUUUUCCACUUUAUUUUAUAUUUGUUAAAAUGUUUUUUUAUACUGAUUGAAAUUCUGGUCUCAAAACUGCAAAUCUGUGAAAAAAAUCGCUCAUUCCUCCAAAUGUCGGAAGUUUGUGUGUCUACAAUUAAGCAAGGCAAACCAUUCCCUCAUUAUGCGAGACUUUAAAAAAACACAUCAAGAAAAAAAAAGAAAAUUUCUAUAUUCAGAUACCAUUCAAAAAUCAAGCUGAGAAAUUUUCGUCUUUUGAAAGUUUGAAAGUCCUUAACGUUUUUUUUUUCUAAGACCUCGGCACAAAUUUUUUCAAUGCCAAAUUUGGACUCAGCCUGAAAAGAACUACGUCUAGUUUACUUGGUCUCAUACGCACAAUAAAAAAGCGAAUGAUUCGUCUUUUGUUGAAAGUUCCUCCAGAGUCAUUUUUUCAGCGCUUUGUGAUAAAAGAAACGUGAAAAUCUAUCGGAUAGAGUUUUUUGUCCAUCACUUUUUCGAGAUAGUGGUUUGGCUCAAGAACAUGCUUGCAGAACAGCCAAUCGACUGGAAGUACGCGCAGCAAGAGUUGCUCGAAAAACAAGGGAUCGAUCUCAAGGCCGAAAUGGAGAAGAAGCUGCUGGAAAUGGAGAGCCAGUACCGGCGAGAAAAGGAAGAGCUCGAGCUCAAGAUGCUCCGUCAAACGAAAGAGUACGAGACGCGGAUCGAGUCACUGCAACGGCAAGUCGACCUCGCUCAAUCUAUGAUCUCCUCGGUGGGCUCGACCUGGGAGGGCGAGCGAUUCUUGACCUCUUCUCUCAUGGAAUUCGGUAGCGUUUCUUCAAAACGGUCACAAUUUUUCACCCAAUUUGAAUUUUAGUCGAGGAAAUGAAGUGGACGUCGGAUCAAGAGAGAGUCGUUCGGAAGGCGGCCAUCAAAUGGCGUUAUCAUCAGUUCACCUCGGUUUGACUUUUUGACGCGAAAAAUUGUAUAAAAGUAAAAAAAAAAAAAUGAAAUCUUGAUAACCGAAUCAAAAUUAAAUAGUCGAGAAACGAAGGAAUAACGUUUCAGGUUCGCGACGACCUUUGGGGCAACGCCAUCUUUGUCAAAGAAGCCAACGCCAUCUCGGUCGAACUCAAAAAGAAGGUGCAGUUCCAAUUCGCCUUGCUCACCGACACCAUGUACAGGUAAAGUCAAGGAAAAAACGGUAAAUGAAAUUAGAGUUGCGAAAAAUAAGCCUCGUACGUCUGCUACAAAAGUCAUCAUGUUUUUCCCGAAAAUAGCAGUUUGCUACCUUGGUACUCACGCCAGUGGACCAACUUUUCAUGUAGAAAAUAUUGCUGUGAAUAACCGUCUCAGCUUUUCGAGUGGCGUUUUGUUUUUCGCAACAGCAUUUUCAUUUACCUCGAGGCAAUUGACAAAUGGAUUUGGUUAAUCGUUUCAGUCCGCUUCCUCCCGACCUUUUGCCCCCUGGAGAAGAUCUCACUCUCCGACCGUACCCCAAGACGGUCGUCGCCAUUCAAGUGCAAGAUCUGAAGAACGGCGCCACCCACUACUGGAGUAUCGAGAAGCUCAAGUGAGUUCCAUGUUCUCUUCACACUCAACGGGCAGCAGACCUCUUUUUGCAAUACGUACAAGUUGGUAGAGAAGCACUUUUUCACAUGGCUUUCACUAGUACCGCUUCAGCUUCUGCUCACAUAUUGCAAACCAUUUUCAUUUUCAUUUCCUCUCAAAUUUUCUCCGCCAUUCCGCAGUUUAGACAGCAUUUUCCGAAAACUUUCAAAUGGCGUGAAAACAAAAACAUUUCACUUGUUCUGACAAGUGCCUCAUCUUUUGAAAAGCCAAUUUGAACUCUUUUCGUCCCACAAACAUGACUGCAGGCGGAAUCAAGGGUCCAUGUUUAGAACUGAACAAGGUGCAGACAGAAGAAAAAAACAUAGUUUCAAAUGCUGUAUAGUCUACGCCACGGAUUGAAUCUCGAGUGAGAGCCUCGACGCGAUGUGGAGCAACGCGUUUUUGGCUGCCAACUGCAGAAAUUCAAAUUUUGAACCCACUGUCGACCCCAACCGGAGCUCCAGAGUAGCAGUGGAAUACGGUAGACGAAAAGAAUGUCUUUUCUUUUCCUAAAGGGUACUGUAUGGGGAAGUCCGCAUUUGGAGUGUGCACUUUGCGUGUUCAAAAGUACACAUUCUUACUAGGGAACUACUCGAACUCGGGUACGCGUUUCCAGUUGAAACUUUAGUGGUUCAUAGACCCAAGUCAGAGAACUUAAAAACAAGAGAGAAUAUCUGCUAAACCCGAUGGAGAACUGAGAAAAAAUUAGUAGAAAAUGUGAAAAUUAGGUCUGAAAAUUUUCAGAAUACUGCUUUUUACCUUAUUUUAUAUUUUAAUACAAUCGCCUUGAAUGAUCCGGCUAUGAUAAAUUUUAAAAAACUUUUUUCCAGCCAAAAGAAGGAGGAAAGCAAAAAUUUUAUAAUUUUCAAGCCUGAACUGUUCAUUUUCAAAAAGCUUUUUCUCAGAAGCCUAUGGAGUUAAGCAGAUAAUCUAUCUUGUUUCCAAGUGCUCUCACCCGGGUCUAUAAGCCACCAAAGUUUCAACUCGAAACGCGUACCCGAGUCUGAGUAGUUCCCUAGUUAGUGGCUCCAUCUCCGCGUUUUUUGUUUCAGUUUUGAACUAAAUUUUAUCGGAAUGGAUUAUAUCUAUAAAAAAAAGUUGAAUUACAUCAACCAUUCAUUUUGAUUAUAAAUAACGAGAACUAAAUAUGGAGAAAAAAAAACGAGAAUAGUCUCCAAUUGUUCAAACACGCAAAGUGCAGACUUUCAAAAACAUUACCCUUCGGAAGGAGAAGAAUCGCACUCUGUUUUGAGGAGCUUGAAGAAGUGCAGUACUAGGGGUGGUAAAUAAUUCAACACCUCUGCAAGGUUUCACAACCAAAGUUUUUUCGACCAGUUCCGCGUCUUGAACUCGAGUUGCUAUCGUGAACGUAACCGCCGUGUUGUGACGUCUACCAAAAAGAAAUUGUAAAAAAGAGAGAGUGGACACGAAGUGGACGAGGCUUCAGGCAAAGGCUCGAAGACAUGCGGACUUUCUACAACGCAGAGCUGUCGGUAGCAGGAACGCCGGCCGAACCUCCUUACACGUCGGUCGCCGAGGGCUGGCUGGCUGCUUUGCAACUCAAUCCGGCGCGUCUCAUACCCGACAGGUUACUGGAAGUUUUGCUGCGAAAAUGGCUCGUUCAGACUUGAAAGAAAAGUUGAAAAAGCAAUUGAGACGAAAAAUCGGGGUGCAAAUUUCAUUUUUCAGAACAAUUCUUUGUUUGGCAUACCGCUUUUUUUUCGAAAUUUUCGAAAACAAGCCCAGAAUAAGCAAACCCUGUCAAUGCAGAUUGCAUGCUCAAAAACGACCUUUGGAUCGUUUACAUUUGUUUUUUUCUCUCUAUAACAAUUGCUUUGCAUUUUUCGCAGCUCUAUUUUCAGUUACCAAAAGUGAGACGUCAAACUCAAACUUUCUCUCUGCUUUGCAAUCCUUGGCGUGUAUUCCUUGCACGGCAUGCGAAAAGUGCUUCUCUCCUCUAUUUGAAAAAAAAAACGUCAAGUGGACCUUUGUAAAAACAAAUAAAAGACUUAAAUUUCCGAGUUUCGCAGCUUACAAGGGAACGUUUUUUAGCCCCCGGUUAAACCUUCGAUUAAAGAUGGCUGAAAUAUUCCUCAGGACCUUCUGAUUCCAGAAGAAAAUAAUUAUUUCAUGCAGUUGAGGUUGUUUCCGAGUUAUGACCCUGCAAAACUAUUAAACAGCAGUUCAUUCCAUUAUUCGUGUGUUUUAAAACUUUAAAGGCCAAAAAAACGUUCCCUUAUCAGCUAACGGAAAGUUAGUGAAUAUUAGAAAAAGAAGAAUUCUUGUUUUGAUUUAAAUUUCUCGAGCGAUCGAGAGGUUAAAACUCGACAAGUCGUUUAAUUUAGCCAGUAUACCGACUUGCAAGGCGAUGUGUUGUGUUCAUGUUUGGGGGAAAAUGUUCCUAUCGUAAAAUAAUUCAAUUGAAAAAAAGUGGUUUGUCGUGUUUCGAAACUUGAAGGGCUUACCCUAAGCAGUUCUUGCGUUUUUCAGAAAAAAAAAAUUCACAAGCUUGGUGUUUGUUCAUUCUUGUACAUGAGUGCUGUUCAAAUUCACACUUGAUGAACCGAGAAGAAAAAUUCAGACAAAGGCUCGAAGCGAUGCGAGACAUGUACGAGGCCGACAUCGACAUGAGUCCUACUGGUCCAGAAGAUCCCAUGAUGGAAGCUCUCAUGGGCACAGAUCCUUUCUACGACCGUUUUCCGUGGUUCCGCAUGAUUGGCAGGUAGUUUGAACAUCUCCACUGAGAGAUAAAAACACCUCCAUUCAGAGCUUUUGUCUACCUAAGCAACCUUCUGCACAACGUGCCGUUGAUACACAAGGUGGCGAUUGUUAACGAGAAGGGCGAGGUGAAAGGCUACUUGAAAGUGGCCAUCGAACCGGUCAAGCAAGGCGAGGGCGAAGCACAGAAGAAAGGCGUUCGGCAAACGGCGAAACUCUACUUUCGCAAGGAAGACUUCAUCAAGGGGCAAAAAGAUGCCAACCAAGGUAACGAUGAAGCCGAACAACUUUGAAACUUAAAAAAUUUUUUCACUUUUCGACUAAUGUUGCAUGUUUGCUCAAAAGACUCUAAUGAAUCAUAUCGACUAAUUUUAUCGAUCAAAAAGUUUUCAAAGAAGUACAACAUUAAUUCUGUGGAAUCCCUACACAAAAAAAAAAAUGAAAGUCGACUCUUAUUCAAUCAAAUCAUUUAUUUUUGUUGUUUUAGUCUGAUGUAAUCGACUAGGCGGUGAACAAGAACUUUCAAAGCUAUAACGAACAACCGCCUUUGGCGAACUAGAAGUCCAAACGUGUAGUCGAAAGAGUUGAAAGCAUGGUCUUACGGUCCUUCGCCUCGUCCUUCUGCGCGUAGUCCAUCCAGUUGCGCCUUGACGAGCUCAGAAUGUAGUGGAUGUUGAGCUGGAGCCCGGAGACCGUGCUCUAGGUGGAAGCCUCAGAAUGAGAGCGACCACUUCGAGUGAAGAUUUUACACGGAAUGAAGAUUUUACACGGAAUGAAGUUUGAAAAAUGGGAUUAGUUUGAAAAAUGGGAAAAAUAAUUGGCAUCUUGAAUAGAAAGCUCGCAACUUACCUUCCCUCAACACAUGGUGGAGGAUGCCGAGUUUUGCUUCCGCGUUGUCGUUCUACAGGCCAUCGACGUCGCCGAAGCCUAUUCUGACGUUUUCUGCCAGUUCAAGUGCGUCGCUGGAGAAAAAAAGCCGCAUCAAAUCUAGAUUUUUUUAGCUUUUUACAUCGACACGACGAGGCUUUUUCCACAGAGCCCAUGAAGAACAAAAAAUCGCCCUUGUCCUUUGACCAUACGCAGAAUCUGCACAUCAAGAUGAGCCGCACAUUUCUUCACUACAUGCACCAUUUCCCAAUCAUUUUCGAGGUGCGUCGAUUAAAUGCUUGUGGAAAAAAAUUCGCGGCAUGUUCGUCGAAUAAUAUUUCAUUUAUCGACAAAAAUCUUUUUGCUGGUAUUCAUUUAUCGACAGAAACGUGUUUCGCGCAUUGUUUAGAAUAUUAUUCGACCAGACUUUCGAACAGAAAAUGCAAAGAUCGUUUUUUCGAUUUCAUUUAAUGAAAAAAGAAACGAAUAGAUUACGGAAGCCUAAUUUUAUUUUUUAUUUUUUUCUUAAAGCCCCCUCUUCUAGGGCACUGGUCAAUCGGCGUUCCCCUAAAUUUAGCCAACGAUAAAGUCAAUCUCGUAUUGCUUAUGCAGUUUACUGACUGACGGACUGUGCGGAGUGAUCUUUAAAAUUGAUUGACGGGUCAAUCGCCCCUGUAAAAUUCCCUUUUUUUUCAAUAAACCUUUAAAACGGCCUCUUUCAGGUUUUUGGACAUUACCAGCCAAAGGCGGAACAGUUCAAGUUUGAGCGACAAAACAGCGCUUUGGGGUCAGUACGCGAGUUUUGAAAAUGUUUCGAUUGUGAUACAUUUCAAGAAGGCGUCUGUCGACCAAGCUCACGUUCCAGCAGCCCUCGCUCGUCAUUUCGACACCGGUCAAAAGCAAGAAAGCCAACGCGCCCAUUCUGAACAGGUGAGCUUUCCAUGGGAAUUAAAGCUGGGAAUAUUCAAAUUCGCUGUCAUUUGACAAGUCUUAUUUUACACGUUUCAGCAACUCGCAGAUCAAGUCCAAAAUUGACUUGCUCGUUUGGUUCGAGAUUUGCGAGCUGGCAAACAAUGGCGAGUAUGUGCCUACGAUUGUCGACCACGCCCAGGGCCUUCCGACUCAUGGCGUAUUUUUGCUCCACCAAGGAAUCCAGAGACGCAUCAAGAUAACUGUUUGUCAUGAGAAGGUCGAGUCUCCUUCCAGUUUUAAAAGCUUUGAAAAUUGGAAUGUUCAAGAAAAAGACUGGGAAGGAAAUGAACGUGUCCAAAUCAUAUUUGCUUGUGAUGAAGGAAAAUUAACACGUUUUUUUUUUUGCUCAAAACAAGAAGAAACAAAAAAAGAUGUAUUUUUUUUGAUAAAACUUGACUCAGUGUGAUUGCCCGUCAUUAUAAAUUUUCAGUCCCCCGGCAUGAAAUGGAAGGAUUGUCAAGAACUGGUAGUUGGCCGCGUAAGAGCGGGACCCGAAUGGACGGGCGGCGACGACGUCGGCGAGUUCUUCCUUUUUUGAUUCUUCAACCCCCUCUAAUGUGGCCCUUGUUUUAGAUGUCCUCUCGUUGGGCUUGUUCCCCGGCACGUUCCUCGAGUUCAGCAUGGACGACCGCACAUUCUUUCAGUUUGAGGCUGCCUGGGACAGCUCUCUACACAAUUCGCCGUUGCUCAACCGCGUGUCCAACUAUGGCGAUCAGGUAACCGCUUCUUUUCCCGACUGAAUGGAUUCGUGAAUGAGAGGAAGGCGAAAUUUUUAUUUCCUUUGAUUUUGAUGAUUUUUGACUUUGUAGCCACCGCCGUUUCAGAGUGUAUAAAAAGGCAAGGGCGAAUAUUUAGAUUUACAUGACGCUCUCGGCCUAUAUGGAGGUCGAAGAAUGUACGCAGCCGGCUGUCAUUACAAAAGAUCUCUGCGUUUUGAUCUACGCACGCGACUCGAAAAUCUCGGCCGCUAGCAGGUUUUUUUCUUUACAAUUUUUGUUUUGUAUAGUCCUGACAAUGCAUUUUUCACUCUAUUCACUUGGCAAACACACUUUUGACAAGGCUAUUUCAAAUAAGUUACAAUCGAGAUGUGAAUCCGCACCCAUCAUUCAGACUAUCUCAACAGGGUAGCUCUACCCGCAGUUUUCAUUAAAAUCUUCCUGGGUUUGAAAGACUCUUCAAUAUGUUUCGAUACUGCUAGCAGCGGAAAAUGACAAAUUUGCGAAAAAAGGAAUUUCUCAAAGUUUUUUUUUUCAUGUUGUCCUUCUUUUGGUCAACUCUUUAAAGUAUUCUUUUUUGUUUGAAAUCUUUGAUCAGAGAUUUUUUGAGCCAAAGCUAAGUGGUUUCAAAUUGCGAGUUGAAUUAUUUUCCUUCAAACUAUUCCUCCACCGGAAACUUUUUGCUUAUUUUCAAUUGCAAAGGUUCUGCCGCUCACUGAUUGGCGGCAUCUCCAAGUCGCCAGAAAUGAACCGCGUGCCGGGCGUCUACCAACUUUGCCUCAAAGACGCAAUGGACACAGGUAGCCCAGGUGACGGCUUCUUGGCUUUUUGUCAUGUUCUUGGUUGGCUGCACGCACGUGUCUGUAUCUUUUGGAGGGAAAAAGUCUCGCGCAUAAGUCAGUUCUAGUGGGAAUUUGAAGUUUUUCAGGUUUUUGUCAUCAUUUUUCAAUACCCGUGUUUUCGUUUUCAAACUUUGGUGAUGAAAACUAUUCGUUGAAAUUUUUCGCUGUUCGAGAAAUGAGAAAUAUUCAGGCGCAGUUCGUCGGCAACGUCGGGUGCUGGACACGUCAUCAUCAUAUGUGCGAGGUGAGGAGAACCUUGGUCAGUGGCGUCCUCGCGGAGACUCGUUGAUAUUCGAGCAUCAGUGGGAGCUGGAGAAGCUCACCAGACUACAACAGGUACCGAAAAGCUCGCGCCGUUUUCCGCUCAAUCACGUUUUCGAGGUGGAAAGAGUCAGGCUGUUCCUACGCCUUCGGGAUCGGCUCAAGAAGGGAAAACGAGAAAAGGGCGAGCUGAAGACGCCAGUGUCGCCGUGCGACCCCGUCUGUGCGAUCCCGGGCGAAAUACAGCUGGAACAAGAGGAAAAGGGUUGGUUUUUUUUUUUCAUGCAAAUUUCUCUUUCAAUUUGAAAAGAGCUGGUUGAAUUUCUGCGUUUCUCAAACUCUCUCGUAUUUUUUUAAUUUCUGGAAAAAAUCGUGAGCAAAGCAAGCACUAAAUUUCAAGCAAAUGUCCUUUGUCAUUUUAAACUUUCAAAAUGGACGUUUAUUGGGAGAUAAAAAAGGUCAAAUUUUGAGAUGUUGCAAACAAAGUCCUCGGCCUGAUCAGACGACGAAUUCCAAUGAACAAGGACCCGCCGACGGGCAACAAAGUGGCCGACCUCAGCGACGACAGCACCUCGAACAGCAUCACGUCAGACAAGUCAAUGGUCAAGUGUUCGUCGCAGUCGCACAGCAGCGAUCUACUCUGCCGGCAAGAAGUCCAAGUCUGACCAGAAUCUGGCCAUCACGAACGACGACGGCGAGCUUCUGGACGGUUCACAGAUGAAACGAAGCCUCAGCGGCAGCAAAAUAUCUCGGAUGGAUGUGCUAACCCCGCAGGUAGCUCCCUUUUCUCAUUGUCCAACAAGUUUUUAAAUGUACACAGGUUUUGGAAGAACGUGUCGGCGUUGUCGUCUCCAAAAAAGGCUACAUGAACUUUUUGGAAGAAAAGACACAAGGCUGGACUCGACGUUGGGUCGUCGUCCGUCGGCCCUACAUUCUCUUGUUCCGCGACGACCGCGAUUUGGUACGAAUAAGCUACUCUGUCAAAAGAGCGUUUUCGAUUCCAGGUGAUUCGAGGCAUAAUCAAUCUGGCAAACGCACGAAUCGAGUACUCGGAAGACCAACAAGCCAUGCUCAAAGUGCCCAACACCUUUUCCGUUUGCACGAGUCAUCGAGGCUUCCUCAUGCAGAUGAUGCCUGGCGACGAGGUUUAUCUCUUUUCAGGCCCUAUAUUUUUUCCGUUUAUCUCCAAGAGUCUCGGCUUUGCAGAUGUACGACUGGCUUUAUGCCAUUAACCCACUGAUGGCCGGCCAAAUCAAGAUGCAAGCGCCAAAAGCCAACGGCGGUGCUUCUAAAAUACAACCGUCUACGUAG